UCUCUCUCUGCGCGUCGCGCCACAACCACAUUUCCAGUGAUCUGAGAUGCAAUGAGCCUGCGGCAGGGUCAGCCGGCGGGUCAACACAGGCCAAACCCAUCCGAACAAGCCUAUAACAUAAUCCCCGUCCACAACCUCCUCUCCGAUCACCCCUCGCUCCGGUACCCCGAGGUCCGAGCAGCAGCGGCCGCCCUACGCGCCGUCGGGGACCUCCGGCUACCGCAUUACAUCCAAUGGAACGACCAAAUGGACCUCCUGGACUGGCUCGGAGCAUUCUUCGGCUUCCAGGACGACAACGUCCGGAACCAGCGCGAACACCUCGUGCUCCACCUGGCCAACGCCCAAAUGCGGCUUACGCCGCCGCCGGACAACAUCGACGCCCUCGAUGCCGCUGUGAUCCGCAGCUUCCGCCGCAAGCUCCUCCAGAACUACACCUCCUGGUGCUCCUACCUCGGCCGCAAGUCCAACGUCUGGAUCUCCGAAUCCGAUCGCCGCCGCGAGCUGCUCUACGUCUCGCUCUAUCUCCUAAUCUGGGGCGAGUCCGCCAAUCUCCGCUUCCUUCCCGAAUGCAUUUGCUAUAUUUUCCACCACAUGGCCAUGGAAUUGAAUCGAGUUCUCGACGAUUACAUCGACGAGAACACGGGUCGACCCGCGGUGCCCUCAGUGUGCGGCGAGAACGCUUUCUUGAACCGGGUCGUGAGGCCCAUUUACGAAACGGUUCAGACCGAGGUGAAGAAUAGUAAAAAUGGCACUGCGCCUCACUCGGCGUGGCGGAAUUAUGACGAUGUGAAUGAGUAUUUUUGGAGCAGAAGGUGCUUCGAGAAACUGAAGUGGCCAAUUGAUGUGGGGAGUAAUUUUUUUGUGACAGAAAGGAAGGAUAGGCGUGUGGGGAAGACUAGUUUUGUGGAGCAGAGGUCUUUUUGGAACCUGUUUAGGAGUUUUGAUAAGCUGUGGAUUAUGUUGAUUUUGUUUCUUCAGGCGGCCAUUAUUGUUGCUUGGGAGGAGGACGAUUAUCCCUGGCAGGCACUGGAGAGAAGGGAUGUUCGGGUCCGGGUUCUGACCGUAUUCUUUACUUGGAGUGGCUUGAGGUUUCUUCAAUCGCUUAUCGAUGUGGCAAUGCAGUACAGUCUGGUUUCCAGGGAGACUUUCUGGGUUGGGAUGAGAAUGGUGUUGAAGAGUGUUGUUGCUGCUGGGUGGAUCAUUGCUUUUGGGGUUUUCUAUGAUCGAAUUUGGACUCAGAAGAACCAGGAUAGGAGGUGGUCUGAUGAGGCAAAUAAGCGGGUUGGUAGUUUUCUUGAGGUAGUUUUGCUUUUCAUAUUGCCAGAGAUCCUAGCACUGGCUCUAUUUAUUUUGCCGUGGAUUAGGAAUUUCCUAGAGAACACGAAUUGGAGGAUCUUUUACUUGUUGACAUGGUGGUUUCAGACCCGAACUUUUGUGGGCCGUGGCCUAAGAGAAGGUCUUUUGGACAAUAUAAGAUAUACUUUGUUCUGGCUAGUGGUGCUUGCUGCAAAGUUUUGCUUCUCUUUCUUCCUACAGAUCAAGCCAAUGAUUGCUCCUACAAAAACCCUCUUGGAUCUUAAGAACAUGAAAUAUGAGUGGCAUGAGUUUCCGCAUAGCAGUAAUAGUUUUGCAGUUGGGAUAUUGUGGUUUCCAGUGGUGUUGAUUUACCUCAUGGAUUUGCAGAUUUGGUACUCAAUCUACUCCUCAUUUGUUGGAGCAACAGUUGGAUUGUUUGCGCAUUUGGGUGAGAUAAGGAACAUGCAGCAAUUAAGAUUGAGAUUCCAAUUCUUUGCUAGUGCAGUUCAAUUUAAUCUCAUGCCUCAGGAGCAGCUCUUAAAUACUAGGCGAACUCUGAGGAGCAAGUUAAAUGAUGCAAUUCACCGGCUGAAGCUCAGGUAUGGGUUUGGCAGGCCCCUUAAGAAGCUUGAGUCAAACCAAGUGGAGGCUAACAAGUUUGCCUUAAUAUGGAACGAGAUAAUUGCAACUUUUAGAGAAGAAGAUAUAAUCAGUGACAGUGAGGUGGAGUUGUUGGAGCUGCCUCCAAAUAUUUGGAAUAUCAGCGUUAUCCGCUGGCCUUGUUUGCUCCUUUGCAACGAGCUGCUGCUUGCACUUGGACAGGCCAAAGAGUUAGUAGAUGCAUCUGACAAGUGGCUUUGGUAUAAAAUCUGCAAGAAUGAUUACAGACGGUGUGCCAUUAUUGAAGCUUAUUGCAGCAUCAGACAUUUGCUGCUUUGUAUUGUCAAAUGUGACACUGAGGAACAUUCCAUCAUCACAGUUUUGUUUCAAGAAAUUGACCAGUCAAUUCAGACUGAGAGGUUCACGAGCACAUUUAGAACAACAGCACUUCCUCAGAUCCAUGCGAAGUUCAUAACUCUUCUUGAGCUAUUAAUGAAGAAUAAGAAAGAUAUUAACAAGGUUGUGAAUAUUCUACAGGCCCUUUAUGAGAUAGCCAUUAGAGACUUUUAUAAAGAGAAACGGAGCAUUGAAAAGCUAAAGGAAGAUGGUUUGGCUCCUCAUAGGUCAGUUUCCAGUGAGGGCUUGCUUUUUGAGAAUGCCAUUGAGUUGCCCAAAUCUGAUAACAAGAAAUUUUACCACCAAGUUCGGCGCUUGCAUACAAUUCUUACAUCUCGGGAUUCAAUGCACAAUAUCCCUGUAAAUCUUGAGGCAAAACGACGUAUUGCAUUCUUUAGCAACUCUCUUUUCAUGAACAUGCCCCAUGCUCCCCAAGUUGAGAAAAUGAUGGCUUUUAGUGUAUUGACCCCCUACUACAAUGAAGACGUGCUAUAUAGCAAGGAACAACUUAUAACUGAGAACGAAGAUGGGGUUUCUACAUUAUACUACUUGCAGACCAUCUAUGCAGAUGAGUGGAAGAAUUUCUUGGAGCGGAUGCGCCGUGAAGGAAUGGUAAAUGAUCACGAAAUAUGGACAACCAAGCUAAAAGAUCUUAGGCUUUGGGCAUCUUACAGAGGCCAGACACUAUCCCGCACUGUCAGGGGAAUGAUGUAUUACUAUCGGGCUCUUAAGAUGCUGGCUUUUUUAGAUUCUGCAUCAGAGAUGGAUAUCAGGGAAGGAUCACGUGAGCUUGCAUCAAUGAGACCAAUUGGUAGCAUGGAUAGUUUCAGCUCAGAGAGGUCAUUAUCUUCGAGGACUUUGAGUAGAAUAGAUAGUACAGUGAGUUUGUUAUUCAAAGGUCAUGAACAUGGAACUGCUUUAAUGAAAUACACUUACGUGGUUGCAUGCCAGGUAUAUGGGGCUCAAAAGGCAAAAAAGGACCCCCGUGCUGAGGAAAUCCUGUACCUGAUGAAAAACCAUGAAGCCCUUCGAGUUGCUUAUGUUGAUGUGGUUUCCUUGGGGAGGGGUGAGAAGGAGUAUUACUCUGUCCUCGUGAAGUAUGAUCAACGAUUACAAAAGGAAGUGGAGAUUUACCGGAUUAAGUUGCCUGGUCCCUUGAAGCUUGGAGAGGGAAAGCCAGAGAACCAGAACCAUGCCCUUAUCUUCACCCGUGGAGAUGCUGUUCAGACUAUUGACAUGAACCAAGAUAACUAUUUUGAGGAAGCUCUAAAGAUGCGAAAUCUACUGGAGGAGUACAAAAACUACUAUGGUAUCCGGAAGCCUACUAUCUUGGGAGUUCGGGAACAUAUUUUUACUGGAUCUGUUUCAUCACUUGCGUGGUUUAUGUCAGCUCAAGAAACUAGUUUUGUCACCUUGGGACAGCGUGUCCUGGCAAACCCCUUGAAAAUUCGAAUGCAUUAUGGACACCCUGAUGUCUUUGAUAGAUUUUGGUUCUUGACUCGAGGAGGGAUCAGCAAAGCUUCCAGAGUGAUUAAUAUCAGUGAGGACAUUUUUGCCGGUUUCAAUUGCACAUUGCGAGGUGGUAAUGUCACUCACCAUGAGUACAUCCAAGUUGGUAAGGGCAGGGAUGUUGGGUUGAAUCAGAUAUCCAUGUUUGAAGCCAAAGUUGCAAGUGGAAAUGGUGAACAAGUCCUAAGUAGAGAUGUUUACAGGUUGGGACACAGGUUGGAUUUCUUCCGCAUGCUGUCAUUCUUCUAUACCACUGUGGGUUUCUUUUUCAACACACAGAUGGUAGUCCUAACUGUCUAUGCUUUUCUAUGGGGUCGACUUUAUCUAGCACUAAGUGGAGUUGAGGCUUCUGCAGUGGCAAAUGACACCACCAACAACAAAGCACUUGGUACAAUCUUGAACCAGCAGUUGAUCAUCCAACUUGGUAUGUUCACUGCCCUACCAAUGAUUGUGGAGAACUCACUGGAGCAUGGAUUCCUUGGAGCCAUUUGGGAUUUCAUUACAAUGCAGCUCCAGUUGUCAUCUGUAUUCUACAUGUUCUCUAUGGGAACUCGUGCCCACUACUUUGGCAGAACCAUCCUUCAUGGUGGUGCAAAGUACCGAGCAACUAGGCGUGGUUUUGUUGUGCAACAUAAGAGUUUUGCCGAGAAUUAUAGGCUUUAUGCUCAUAGCCAUUUUGCCAAGGCAAUUGAGCUUGGGCUUAUACUUGUAGUAUAUGCUGCUCACAGCCCCAUAGCUACUGACUCCUUUGUUUACAUAGCAUUGACCAUCUCAAGUUGGUUCUUGGUGCUUUCAUGGAUCAUGGCUCCUUUUAUUUUCAAUCCUUCAGGUUUUGACUGGUUGAAGACAGUUUAUGAUUUUGAAGAAUUUAUGAAUUGGAUUUGGUACCGUGGUAGUGUAUUUGCGAAGGCCGAGCAGAGCUGGGAAAAAUGGUGGUAUGAGGAGCAGGAUCAUCUGAGGACAACUGGCCUUUGGGGAAAGAUAUUGGAAGUAAUCCUAGACCUCAGGUUUUUCUUUUUCCAGUAUUGGAUUGUAUACCAGUUAGAUAUUGCUGCCGGCAGCAGAAGUAUUGCUGUUUUCCUGCUUUCUUGGAUCUAUGUGGUUGUAGCUGUUGGCAUUUAUGUAGUUGUAGCUUAUGCUCAAGACAAAUAUGCUGCAAAAGAACACAUCUACUAUCGGCUGGUUCAGUUACUUGUGAUAAUUCUUGCCAUUCUUGUUAUCGUCGUCUUGGUGGAGUUCACCCAGUUUAGUUUUGCGGACUUCUUUGUGAGUCUUAUGGCUUUCAUUCCUACUGGAUGGGGGUUCAUUUUAAUAGCCCAAGUACUCCGCCCCUUUUUUCAGGACAGAAUGAUAUGGGGGUUUGUUGUUUCUGUGGCUCGGAUGUAUUAUAUAUUGCUUGGAGCGAUUGUAAUGGCUCCUGUAGCAGUGUUAUCAUGGUUGCCUGGGUUCCAGUCAAUGCAGACAAGGAUUCUAUUCAACGAAGCAUUCAGUAGGGGCCUGCAGAUAUUCAAGAUUGUGACAGGAAAAAGGAUAUAAAGUUGAAUAAUGAUUUGAGGUCUUGAGUUAACACAAGGCAUAAAAAUGAUAGAGAAGUUGAAACUUGAAAGGGUGUGGAGGUUCUUAAUGUGUGUGUUAACAACAAAAUAUGCCUACAACACUUGAGGCGGAUCUGAACAACUGAUGUCAACGGGUUUUUGAAUCACUGAUUCAUCUUCUCUUGCUGUUUUAAUUAAUUCAUCAUUCUUUUGUACUUAAUUCACAUAUAGAAUGGGAAAUUUUCUGGUUACUUUUGUGUUUGUCCUC